UUUUGCUUUUCAGGUCCAUGUGGUUGACAAAAGUGUGGAGCGCCGCCGCUGCCGCCGUCAGAUGACCAUGCGCCGGUCGGGUCGUUGUCUCGGGUUCGCAUUGCGUCAGUGGUGCUAAGUCGAACCGCAGACGACAGUAACGCCGCAACCGUUUGGUAACGUGUACGCGCGCUCUCUCGACCAAAAUAUACCGUCACGCCGAUCGCCGUCGUCGUGGUCGCCGUCGUACACAACCGCUGUUGACAACAUUGUACCCAAGUGCUGGUAACAGGCACUGGUCGCCGCGCAAAAUAUUCGUCCACGAGUUUUUUUUUUACGCGUUCAAUAACCAAAAAAAAAUCUAGUUCGAUGUGAAACGUUUCCGCGGAUUAUACAAUGCAGAAAGGAGCAUUAUUCGUCGCCGGCCUACUGCUGGUCGUUGCUCAGUGGUGGGUACCCGCGAGCGCAGGAUGGCAAGAGAACGUGCGACCAAAAAUAUCGGCUGUUCGAAUGUCCGAACAUAGUAGGAUAUUUUCUGGUAACAACACACACACGGAUUACUUUAAAACUUUGCUCAGGGAUGGCAACAACAUUUUAAUCGGAGCCAGGAAUGCGGUGUACAACAUAAGUUUGGCUGAUCUAUCAGAAAAUCAAAGAUUGGAAUGGCACUCAACUGAUGCUGAUUACAAAAUGUGCUUAGUCAAGGGCAAAGACGAGGAUAACUGUCAGAAUUAUAUCAGAGUGUUGGCGAAAAUGUCUGCCAGCCGUCUCCUUGUUUGCGGUACAAAUUCGUACAAACCUCUUUGCCGGGAAUACAUUAUCGAGCCCGGCAAAUAUAAAUUGGACAAAGAGAGUCCCGGCCAAGCAGUGUGUCCGUAUGACCCGAAACACAAUAGUACUUACGCAUAUGUUGAUGGAAAUUUGUUCUCCGCCACAGUAGCAGAUUUUUCCAGCAUGGACCCGAUUAUUUACAAAGAACAGUUACAGACCGAACAGUAUGACUCAUUGAGCCUGAACGCUCCGCAUUUCGUGCAUUCCUUUGCCCACGGCGAUUUCGUCUACUUCUUCUUCAGAGAAACGGCUGUCGAAUAUAUAAACUGCGGAAAAAACGUAUUCUCUCGGGUGGCGAGGGUGUGCAAAAACGAUCGCGGUGGACCGCAACAGCUCAAAAACCGGUGGACAUCGUAUCUGAAGUCUCGUCUCAAUUGCUCCGUGCCUGGCGAAUUCCCAUUUUACUUCAACGAAAUACAAUCAUCGACGGACCUGGUACAAGGUGUAUAUGGCACCAAACAGCAUUUCAUGAUGUACGGCGUGUUCACGACACCGGUCAACAGCAUCACUGGGUCGGCAGUGUGCGCGUUCUCGCUGUCCGACGUGCUCGAUUCGUUCGAGGGUGAGUUCAAGGAACAGACCUACAUGAACAACAACUGGUUACCAGUACCCGGGUCCAAGGUGCCGGACCCCAGACCGGGCCAAUGUGCCAACGACUCCCGGACGCUGCCUGACCUCACUCUGAACUUCAUCAAGAGCCAUUCUCUGAUGGACGAGGCAGUCCGGUCGUUCUACCAACAGCCAAUCAUUGUCCGCACAAGCGUUAACUAUAGGUUCACGGUGAUCGCUGUGGAUCCGCAAGUGAAAGCCAUCGACGGAAAGACCUACGACGUCCUCUUCAUCGGAACAGAUAGCGGAAAAGUACUGAAAGCAAUAAACGCGGCCAGCGCGGACACUAACGAAAAAGUGAGCCCGGUGGUCAUUGAAGAGCUGUACGAGUUCGGUGGUCCCGGAACUACCACGGCCGUGCGAAACAUAAAGCUCGAAGACAAGAGACUGCUGGUCAUUACCGACAGACAAGUGGUAUCGCUUCCGCUCGACAGAUGUCAAAACGCGCUGAUAGUCACUUGCGGCGAAUGCAUUGGUCUCCAAGAUCCGUAUUGUGCGUUUGACAAAGUCUACAAGAAAUGCCGCUCGAUGCGCGAAGUGCCUACCUCCCGAUGGCAAGAAUUUAUCCAGAACAUUCAGACCGGAUUGCACCACGAAUGCCCUUCGGCGUCUAACAGCAGAAAAGACUCGGGCAUCGGAUUCGCUUCAAACGCCCAGAGCGGCGCUAUUGGCAAAUCGAUCGAAGACGCUGGCGAUACGAUAAACCUUUCGCAAGAUGACCAAGCUCCACCGUUCGGUGCUAACAAUGACGACGUAAGGGUGGACGAACGCCAGGACGGCAGCUACACCAUGGAAACUGUACUGACGGCCGUAUUCGCCGCCUGUUUGGCUGCGCUUCUUACUGGUUUCCUGGCCGGUUACGCAUGCGCACGACGGUGCACGAAGAGCGAAGACGACAACCUACCAUACCCGGACACCGAAUAUGAAUAUUUUGAACAACGGCACAAUAUGAAUGCGAGAAGACUCGGAGAGCCCAAACUGCUGCCCCAAGAGGAGGUCACGUACGCCGAGCCCGUGUUGAUACCUCCCAACAAGGUGAUACACGGUUCACCGAAAGCCACGCUGAGACACGCGCCGAUGCCCCCGAUGGGCUUCACCCAGUUCCAACCGAACGGCGCUCAAGACAGUUACUAUUCGCAGCAGCAGAAUAUCCGCGAUCAUUUCGGAACGCUUCGGUCGCAGAGGGAACACAAAAACGACGGAAACAAUUAUCACCACCGCGACGGUUUCGGGACGACGCGCAGCGUGAAAAAAGUGUACCUCUGAGCUCGUCGCCGUCACCGCCGGCAUCGCCUUCAUUGGCCGCACGCAUAACACCGCAACAGCAACAGCAACAACCGUCGUCGCAACAGCAACAGCAGCAGCAGCAGCAACAACAACAGCUGCAACUGCAGCAGCAACAGAUUCAAC